AUGCCCGAUUGCCCGAACCAGGUAGUUUGUCCUUCAACAUCCCUCGCACUACAAAGCCUUUCUCCAAUCCAAAAAGUAUCAAAUCAUCCGAAAAAGCAGGCCUACCUCUCCAACAUGUUUCAUCGCUGCACAUGUUUUCUCUUGGCCCUUCUGGUCUGUUAA